CGCAGCGAUGGCGUCUGUGUCGGGUUCAGUUCGGUUGCAGCGUUGCAUCGUGUCGCCGGCUGGGAGGCACAGCGCCUCUCUGAUCUUCCUGCACGGCUCAGGUGAUUCUGGACAAGGAUUGAGAAAAUGGAUCCAGCAGGUUUUAAAUCAAGAGUUAACAUUCCAACACAUAAAAAUUAUUUAUCCAACAGCCCCUCCCAGUUCCACAGUGGGUCCAAGUUUUGUGAGGCCAUAUACUCCUAUGAAAGGAGGAAUCUCCAAUGUAUGGUUUGACAGAUUUAAAAUAUCUAAUGACUGCCCAGAACACCUUGAGUCAAUCAACGUAAUGUGUCAAGUGCUUACAGAUUUGAUUGAGGAUGAAGUAAAAAGUGGCAUCAAGAAGAGUAGAAUAUUAGUAGGAGGAUUUUCUAUGGGAGGGUGCAUGGCAAUGCAUUUAGCAUAUAGAAAUCAUCAAGAUGUGGCAGGAGUAUUUGCUCUUUCUAGUUUUCUUAAUAAAACAUCUGCUGUUUACCAGGCUCUUCGGGACGGCGACGGUGUGCCCCCUGAAUUAUUUCAGUGCCACGGUGCCGCAGACGAGUUAGUUCUUCAUUCUUGGGGUGAGGAGACAAACUCGAUGUUAAGGUCCCUAGGAGUGAGCACGAAGUUUCACAGUUUCCCGGGUGUUUACCAUGAGCUAAGCAGAGCCGAGCUCGAAAACCUGAAGUCAUGGAUUCUUACAAAGCUUCCGGGAGAAGUGGAAAGGCAACGUGAAUGAGUCAGGGAAGAUUUGCUCAUCUACAUGUCAUGUCUCCAUGAAAAGUGGUUUUUACUGCCAAAUUACAGUUUGAUAAAUGAUA